AUGACGAGCAAUCUGGUAGAAUGUUUCAACAAUGUGUUGAAGGGUGCUCGUGCAUUGCUGGUGACUGCAAUAGUGGAGUACACCUUCUUCAAGCUUAAUGAGUACUUUCAGAGGCAUUCUGAAGAGACUGCAAAAUGGAUAGGUGAAAAAAAGGAUUAUCCGGAAAAGGUUGAUGAAUGGUUGCAGUUACAAGCAAGCAAGUCUUCACGACAACAAGUUAUCAUAUUCGAUAGAAUUGAAAUGAUCUAUCAAAUUGAUGAGCCAGGUGGCACAACACGAGACGGUAGACAAUAUGGUGGUGCUGCAUUUGAGGUGAAACUAAAGACUCGGUGGUGCCAGUGCGAGAGGCCUAGCAUGGCUUCAUCCGGUUCCAGGACGAGGCCGGCGUGCGCGGACCAAGAGGACAUGCCGAAGACGUGGAUGGAGGCCAGUUUGGACAAGGAGAAGGAGAAGGAUGUGCCCACACCAACAUGUUGGUGUGCUGAUGUUUGCAAGCUGAAGGUGUCCACUGACCGCAACAAGUCAUGGACAGAAGGUAGAAGGUUUUUCGUGUGUCCCAACUAUGCACAUGAUCGUCGAAGGCCAACUAACGCAUAUGACAUACCACCGUCCCCUCCUCCACUUUGCAAGUACUUCACUUGGAUAGAUCACGAGGUACCAAAAGAUGUCCAAGAGGACCAACGUCGAGAUUGGUUACGGAGGCAGCGCCUAUUCGAGGAGUCCUAUGCACGGGGAUUGGAGCGGGAGCGUCGUGAGAAGGAGGCUAGUGAGCGCAAGAAGCGUGAGCAAGAGAGGGCACGCAAAGAGAAGGAGGCUCGUCAAGAAGAGAGGGCAAGAAAACUUGCAAGGGCUCGCGAUGCACGAGAGGAGGACGAGGCACGUGACAAGAAGGGAAAGUGGCCCCGUACUACUCAGUAG